AUGGAGCUGCAGGAGAAUACCCAGGGCUCUCUCAACGCGUCGAUGGAUUGGCAGGCUAUCCCGGGCAUGGUUCUCUUGCAAACUGGCGGAAGCGAUUUCGUGACUUAUGCGAGACAGGAAUGGCCCGACCUAGUACUACCAUGGAAUACAGUGAGCAAAGCAAUCGACAACUCCUGCCGAGCAACGGACCUCCGUCACGAUUUCAAGGCAGCUUAUCAAAAAUGGUAUCAACUCCUUGUUCAAUGCUCUCAGGCUAGGAACGAGGUGAUGAAAACAAAAGGCGAACUACGGGAAUCGACGGACCAACUCGAGAAAUCUAUGGAACUACUCGAGAAAAAUAUUUCCAAUGUGCACAAAGAGCACGCACUGACACGAUUGGUCCGAGAAGAGCUUGAUGCAGUCCGGUCUAUUUCGAUUCUGACCCUCGCUGCAAAUGAUCCAUUGCCAUACGCCCCUUCAUGUCCCGCGAACAGGCGACCCAGUCGGACUUAUACGGGCAUAGAUGACCCUAUCAUCGUUGCCGACCUUGCAAUUAUCGACCAUCAUAUUGGGCUUGGCCUUCCGUCAGAAGCUGCAGACCUUGCUCUCGGUCGCCUCAAGGCUAAAGGGGGGUGA